UCCAGUUGAUUAAAAUCAGUAACUUGUAGCGGGUCUGAUUAUUGAUCAUUCAUCUGUCUUAUUGUUCGACUGAAGCUGAUCUCGGCGACGUAGGAGACUUGUUGAGGGCUCUGUUCUGGAAUCGAUCAGCAUCACAUCUUCAACAUCAUGCUCCCACUUCGCUCAUCCCGUGCGGCUGUCCAGCGGCGACGAUUAUCAACCAUUGCAUCAUCAUCAUCAGCGACCCGAUCACCAUCGAGUAUUAGGUUACGGCCUCAGUUACCUCCAUCGCUCCCAUCCAGCUCUCAUCUCACUCCUAUAAUACCAAUACGGCAUUUGCAUACUUCCAACGUCCUGCUCAAGACAAAGGUGGGAAGCAAGGCCGAUGGAGAAGGCGAGGAAGCCGCGGAGGAUGAGGGCAAAGAUUCUGGUGUUGGGAAAGCCAAGGAGGGAACCAAACCGAAGCGGACAAGAGCAGAAUCUUCUUCCCGUAAGAAGGCUACACUGAAAGAAGAGCAGAAUGAGGAGGCGGUAGAGGAGACAGAAGCUGAAUCUAGUCAAGCGGCUGAGAAGAGAGCCAAAUCGGAAUCUCGAUCGGAGCCUGAACCUGCUUCCACCAGCAGUACCUCUGCACAGGGAGCCGCAAUGUCAGCCAGCGCUGAGUCGUCUUCAUCCUCGUCGAACGACAACACUCCUCCUAGGACUGGCAGAGAGAUCGCCAGACCGGAUGUUCCGGAAAUUUAUCCUCAACUCUUGGCUCUCCCUCUCACUCAACGGCCCCUCUUCCCAUCCUUCUACAAGGCGGUCACUAUCCACAAUCCGGCCGUGAUUAAAGCUGUCAAGCAGCUCGUCGCACGUGGUCAACCUUACCUCGGCGCUUUCUUGCUCAAGGAAGCCGAUGUAGAUGCCGACGUGAUCACUUCAAUGGAUCAAGUUCACCCAGUCGGUAUUUUUGCGCAGAUCACCAGCUUCUUCGAAGCCAAUGUGAAGACUAAAUCUGCAUCCAAAUUAACGACAUUGAACGACGAGUCAGAGAAGGACGCGUCGGGCGCGAAAGACGAGAAGGAGACAACGUCACCACUCACAGUCAUCUUGUUCCCCUUGAGGAGAAUAAGACUGGACGAGCUGGUCGACCAGAAUCUCGUCAAGAUUGGCGCUGGUGUUGAAGGAGAAUCUGAGGGUCGUCCUGAGCCUAGACCUGCAGAGAUAGUCCAGAAGGAUGAAAGUGAAGUGGCCAGCUUUGAGAAGGGUGUGGUGCCGUCGGUACAGGAUGUGAAGGAGAGAAUUGGAAAGAAAAAUCCGUCGUCUGAGGGAGAGGACAAGCCAUCCACGACGUACUCUCAAAUCGGAUUCCUUCAUCAUUUGGUUCCUGAAGUCUCCCUUGCCAACGUGUCCAACUUUGUCUUUGACAACCAAGCCAAAGAUACUCAGAUGGUCAAAGCGCUUGUCAAUGAGCUCAUCACCAUCUUCAAGGACUUGGCCCAGAUGCAGUCCAUCUUCCGAGAACAGAUCACCAGCUUCACCACAUCUAAUCGAUCUCAGAGCGUCUUCGAGGAGCCAGACAGACUGGCAGACUUUGCGGCUGCAGUCACGACAGGAGAAGCGGCCGAACUCCAGGCCGUGGUCGAAUCGCCAAACAUCGAAGACAGACUGCAGAAAGCGUUAGAGUUGCUCAAGAAGGAAUUGAUCAACGCUCAACUUCAGCAGAAGAUCGCGCGGGAUGUAGAUAGCAAAAUCCAAAAGCGACAGAGGGAAUAUUACCUUAUGGAGCAGAUGAAAGGGAUCAAGAAGGAGCUGGGACUGGAAAGUGAUGGAAAGGACAAGCUGCUGGAAAAGUUCAGGGAGAAGGCUGCGAAGCUCGCCAUGCCAGAGGGCGUUCGCAAGAUCGUCGACGAGGAACUGAACAAAUUGAGUGGCUUGGAACAGGUGUCUUCCGAGUUCGCCGUUACCCGAAAUUAUCUCGACUGGUUGACAGACAUACCAUGGGGUCUACACAGUACCGAGAACUUUGACAUUGAGAGAGCAAGGAGGAUCUUGGACGACGACCAUUACGGUAUGAAGGAUGUCAAGGAUCGAAUAUUGGAAUUCCUAGCCAUUGGUAAACUCAAAGGCAGCGUGCAGGGAAAGAUUGUCUGUCUCAGCGGACCGCCAGGUGUCGGAAAGACUAGUGUCGGGAAGAGUAUCGCCAAGGCUCUCGAUCGACAAUUUUACCGAUUCUCAGUGGGCGGUCUGAACGAUAUGGCGGAGAUCAAGGGUCACCGAAGGACUUACGUUGGAGCCAUGCCAGGAAAAGCUGUUCAAGCACUGAAAAAGGUCCAAGUGGAGAAUCCACUCAUUCUCAUAGAUGAGAUCGAUAAGAUUGGAAACGGCAGGUUUAAUGGUGGUGAUCCGCAAGGAGCCAUUUUAGAGAUGCUUGACCCCGAGCAGAACUCUUCAUUCGUGGACCACUAUCUCGAUGUCCCGAUCGACUUGUCUAGAGUGUUAUUCGUUUGUACUGCAAACUACCUACCGAAUAUUCCCCGCCCUCUGCUCGAUCGACUCGAGGUCAUCGAGCUGAGUGGCUACGUGGCCGAGGAGAAAAAAGUCAUUGCUGAACGUUACUUGGCACCUACAGCCAAGGAGAGUUCCGGACUACAGGACGUUACCGUUGACAUUAAACCGGAAGCAUUGGACAACAUCGUCAAAUGGUAUGCGAGAGAGAGCGGAGUUCGGAAUUUGAAGAAACUGAUCGAGAAAAUCUAUCGAAAAGUGGCAUUCAAGAUCGUCACUGAACACGGGGACAAAUUGGCAGAGGCCCCAGCAGAGGAGACUGAAGCUGCAUCUAUCACCACUGUCGAGUCUCAGGACCCAGAUGUCAAGCCUGCAUCGGAACGUUUACCGGUAGAUGAAGCGUCCAAAGAUGGAGAGGAGAAAUCUGUCAAACCUGUCACCACAACACCUCGCCCGCGCGUUCAGGUGCCUGACGGUAUCAAGGUCGAGAUAACACCAGAAAAUUUGCGCGACUAUAUCGGAUCCCCGGUCUACCCGAGGGAGAAGAUCUACGCAAAUUACCUUCCAGCGGGAGUCAGUACAGGAUUGGCCGCUAGUGGUGAAGGUCUCGGAUGGGUCUUACCUAUAGAAGUCAAUGUUAUGCCUGGUAAAGGCGGUCUUCGUUUGACUGGAAAGCUCGGCGAGGUCAUGCAGGAAUCUUCUCACCUGGCUAUCAGCUGGGUCAAGGCGCACGCAUUCGCUCUCGGAAUCGCUGAUUCGGAUGACAAGAUCAUACUGUCUGACAAGGAUCUCCAUUUGCACUUCCCCGAAGGAGCAACGGGUAAAGACGGCCCCUCGGCUGGAUCUGCCAUUGUGACCGCCCUGGUUUCCCUUCUCACCAAGACCAAGGUCAGCCAAGAGAUCGCCUUGACUGGAGAGAUUUCCUUGCACGGACAGGUGUUGCCCGUUGGUGGCCUGAAGGAGAAGACGUUGGCGGCUCACCGCGCUGGAAUCAAGAAAAUCCUUGUUCCGGCUGCAAACAAGGUGAACAUCCAAGACGAUGUUCACGAGACCGUCAAGGAGGGAAUUGAGUUCGUCUAUGUCGAGAAUCUCAACCAAGUGCUUCGCGAAGUCUUUGCUGGGGAGGCCACGGCUGAGAAGUGGAAGGAGACUCUUCCGAUCGACAAAGAGCCAGAAAGAGUAAAGCAUUGAAAGAAGUGGGCAGCCCGUACUCAAAUGCCAGAAUCAUGGCAACUGCUUUGAAUCGCGUCUUUUUCCAAUUCAGAUACACGUCGAGCUGAAUAGCAGCCGUCUGAUAGCCUAUUGUAUCUUUUAGAACAGCAUGUUCAUUGUUGGCAUAGCUUUGCACGCAUGAUGCAUCUUCCCCUGUCA